CUAAUUCAAUAACAACAGCUGUUAUAACCGAAAUUCAAAAUGGUGGGCAAAAUAUGCGUAACGGACAAUAACAACUAUUUACCCAGCAAAAUCAAGACAAAGAACAGCUGUUCACAAGUAGAGUUAUGGAGUUAGCACAAUGUGGACGGGAUAAUCGAGUUAAGCAACCGAUAGCUGCCUCGAUAGGAAACUAGAGUCAGUGUGGAGAGCACAUAAGCAAGCUAGGACUGCCUUUUCUAAUUACAGAAAAUAUGAAUGGCAAUAUCCUGGUCACUCUGAUCUCUUUAAGAUCACCGCUUAGAAAGCUGUCACUAAAAUGGAGGAACAAAAUAAACUUAAGUGCGACAUUUGCGACUUUUCCAGUGGCCACACGGAGGAGGAAACGUUGCUCUAUGGAGACUGGAUGGUCCGCAAGGAUCUGCGGGUGCAUUACUUUUGCCUGCUUCUUUCCUCGAAUUUACCGCAAUCCGGCGGCGAUGCAAGCGGCAUCCUAGGAUUCCUUUUGCGGGAUAUUCGCCAAACGGUGGCUAUCGAAAAGACGAAGUGCUCCUUCUGCAAUCAGGUGGGGGCCACUAUCCGGUGCCACGGUUGCCAGGUUAUUUUUCACAUGAAGUGCGGCAUAAUAAAUCGCUGCACUUUUCAGUUUUGUGGCGCGUUUCAUAGCUACUGUUCCGAAUGCAUGCCGAUGGAUGACUACCAGCGGCAAAUUGCGGCAAAUCGCCCAAAGCUAAGCCCCUGUGACAUCUGCCUGGCCCCCAUCCUCAACUUCUCCCCGCACAACAUUGUCUAUGGAGACUGCUGCCACAAGGGAUUCGCCCAUAAGACCUGCAUGCGAAAAUACGCCCUAAGCGCGGGAUAUUACUUGCGCUGCAUUUGGUGCCGAUCAGAUAAGUUUCGAGAGACUGUACGCUUGCAGUCGAUUUUCGUGCCGGAUCGCGAUGCAAACUGGGAACUGCAGCAGAACGCCUAUCGAGAGCUUCACGAGCGCAAAGUGAGCUGCGACUUGAUACAAUGCAUUUGCCCCAAGGGCAGGGCUUACAAUAAAAGCAGCUGGCUAACUUUGGCCUGUAAGCUGUGCGCCUCCACGGGCGCACAUGCCAAGUGCUUGGCGGGUACGCUGCGCCUGAACAGGCGAACCGAGCCCACAGAAUUUAAGUGCGUUGGGUGCCUGGAAGUGGAGCGAAGGCUUUCCGAGGGCCCGGCCCGUAAUCUCGAUGCAUCAAUAACAGGAACAGAGGGCCACGUGGAUGCCUCAUUUUAUGUU